AUGGAGAAUGGUGGUGGAGAUGAGAACCAAGGAAUGAGGCAUGUGAUGAGACAGUACUGCACUGGAGGGGCAUCUAUAGAGGGGCAGAAUGGUAAUAGUAGUAGUAAUAGUAAUAAGCAUUCGUACUUUCUUCGGGCCAAGCCGCCUAGAUCUCGUGCUAUUGAUGAAGAAGAGGAAGAAUUAUUCUAUAAGAGGCCAUCUUCAUCGUCUUCGUCUUAUCAUCCGGCACAGUCGAGUGAAGACGAAGAUCUCGCAGCAGACUGUCUCGCUAAACAACAAGUGGUGGAGAAAGGGAUGUUUCAAUGCAAAGCUUGCAAGAAAGUAUUCAGCUCCCACCAAGCUUUAGGAGGGCAUAGAGCGAGCCACAAGAAGGUUAAGGGUUGUUACGCCGCGAGGUUGGACGGGCCCACCGAAGAGGAAAACCCCGACGACGAGCCGUCCCGGAGCGAGCCUCUGACGCCGUCGGAGUCUGACGGGCCCCGGCCCGGGCCCGGGCCCGCUACCUCAAACCCUAGAAGGACUAAGAUGCACGAGUGCUCCGUUUGCCGACGCGUUUUCUCGUCCGGGCAGGCGUUGGGCGGACACAAGAGGUGCCAUUGGCUUACGAAUUCUUCGGACAAUGCCUUCAUACCGCAUUUCCACGAUUUCCAAUACGACCACCAUCAGAGCCGAGAAAUCUGCAAGAAGAAACCCGUAUUUGUAAGGCCUCCUCAUCAUAAUCUUGAUCUUGAUCACGAACUUGAUCUUAAUCUGAACCUACCUGCUCCACAAAUACAUGAAAAUUUUGACGACGGAAAAACGAACAAAAGUAGAUACGACGCAUUGCGUGAUUUGCAACAGCUGGCGAAACAAAAUCAUCAGCAAAAAUCAGUCGAGGUCGAAAAAAACGACGAGAAAGCGCGUGAGAAGGAGCUCAGAAAACUGAGUGAUCUAAGAGAUAUGAACAUGGAUGGAGGGUGGCUGCAGAUGGGGAUUCCUUACUGA